AGUGUACUCUUAACCUCAUUUCAGAUACAUUAACAUCAAUAUUAAAUAAAAUGAAGAUCAUUUUAAUAGUUUCUAUUUGGUGCAGUGUAUUUAUAGUAAGGACAUCCACAGCCAAGGAAGAAUUUCCUAAAGAUUUUUUAUUUGGAAUUGCGUCAAGUGCUUACCAGAUUGAAGGAGGUUACAAUGCAGAUGGAAAAGGAGAAAGCAUUUACGAUUACUAUACCAAAACCAGACCUGAGAAGUUUUAUAACAAAAGUAAUGGAAAUACAGCAUGUGAUUCGUACCACAAAUGGAGAGCAGAUGUGAGGCUUCUUAAAGAUUUAGGCGUACAAUUUUAUAGGUUUUCAAUUUCAUGGAGUAGAAUUCUUCCUAAUGGUUAUUCCAAUAAAGUAAAUCGAGACGGACUGCGAUAUUAUAAUGAUUUAAUUAACGAAUUAAAAAAGAACGGUAUUGAACCGAUGGUGACCCUAUACCAUAAUGAUCUUCCUAUGCCUCUUCAAGAAAUUGGAGGAUGGACUAACCCCUAUAUGGCGUACUACUUUGAAGACUAUGCCAGAUAUAUGUUUAGUUAUUUUGGAGAUAGAGUAAAAUAUUGGAUAACAAUGGAAAUGUCUUCAAACGGCUAUGGAGAUGACAAAUAUCCACCGUUUAUAAACCAGCCUGGUAUUGCGAACUAUCUUUGCCAACACGUUAUGUUAUUGGCACACGCUAAGGCUUAUCAUUUAUACGAUGCUGAAUUUAGACAGAAUCAACAAGGUAAAAUUGGGGUUGCUGUAGAUGCUACUUGGUACAUACCAGCAAUUCUUUCCAAAGAUCUAAAAGCUGCUGAGCGAGCUCGUGAAUUUAAGAUUGGUUCCAUUAUGAAUCCAAUUUUUCAUACUGAUGGCAACUAUCCUACUCUGGUUAAAGAAAUGGUCGAUAAUAGAAGUACAUCAGAAGGUUAUCUGCAAUCCAGAAUGCCAAGUUUGACGUUUCAAGAAGCCGAUUAUAUACAAGGCACAUUUGACUUCGCGGGCUUAAAUAUAUUCACAAGCUAUCGUGUUAAACACGAUACUACAGGAACAGCUAAUACUACCUUGGAGAAAGAUGCAAAUGUUAGUCUUCACCAGGAUACCGAAUGGGAGAAGAGUAGUUCUGACUGGUUAAGGGUUGUGCCAAUAGGAGUUAGACAUGUACUAAAGUGGGUCAAGGACAAAUAUGAUGAUCCAGAAAUUUUCAUUACCGAAAAUGGUUUCUCUGACAAGGGAGAAAUAAAUGAUGUUAAGAGAAUACAGUAUCUCCAGAAAUACCUGAAGGAAGUUUCCAUUUCUAUUCAAGAAGACGGAGUAAAAUUAAAGGGGUAUACGGUUUGGAGUUUCUUAGAUAGCUUCCAAUGGACAGAAGGUUACAGGGAGAAAUUUGGUUUGUAUCAUGUUAACUUUUCGGAUAAAAAUAGAAAAAGGACUCCGAAGUUGUCGGCUACUUGGUAUAAAAAAGUGAUAAAAGAAAGACGAGUAGUAGACUGGAAAGAGGUGACGAGUAAUCUCGAAGAGGAUUUAUAAAAGGAUUUUUGUGUCCUUCUCCGAACACGUGCUUCGCACUUAAGGUAGGUUAGGAAUCGGAAAUAUUAUCGAGGACAAGUCGUGGUAGUAUCACAGGUUAUAGUUGUAAAGAGAUCGGGGACGAGCUGGAUAUUUUUUUUUGUUUCAGUAAUAGUAAGUGAUAAACAUAUUGUUAUCAAAUUGUGUUGUUUAUUAUUUUGUCACAUAUUAAUAUACACAGUAUAUAGAG